AGAUUUUCCAUAUUUUUAGAAUAAUUUUGGCAUUUAUAAUUGAAUGAUGAUAGAAUUUUAUACAUAAAACAGCCAUGUGGCAAUCAAUGAAAAAGUAUCAACAACAGCGACAUCGACUUCAACAACAAUACGUAAAUCAACAUCAUUAUUUAAACAAUUACCACCACACGAGCAAAUGUUGUAAUCAUUAUCAUCAAAAACAACAUUAUUGUCAUUAUUAUCGUUUAAAGCUUAAAUACUUAAAAUCAUUACAACCACAAAAACAGCAAAAGCUACAAUUACAACAUCAACAACAAGAGCAGCAGCAACAUAAACAACUACUUAAGCUACGGCACGUUGCCCACAAAUCCCUUAUGUAUAGCAACAGCAACAACAACUGUUUUGGUUACAAUACUACUCUUGCUGCUCCAAUUGCUCUUACCACAACUAAGAAUUUGUCUUUUGGUUAUAACCAUAAUCUUUCUCCGAUCCCAAGCCAACUUAACACUAAGAGGACAACAUAUAACAACUAGUGCGAAAAUAGCAAAACUUUUAGCAAACAUUUGCUAUAAAUGAUAUCAGAAAAUAGAAAACAAAC